AUGGGGCCGGCGCGCGCUUCUAGGACAGCCGUCGAAAACCUCGCAAAUGUCGUGGGACUCGAAUUCCGGGAUGUCGAAACCCUCGCAAUAUCGUGGGACUCGAAUUCCGGGGGACUCGAAUUCCGGGGCCUCGAAAACCUCGCAAAUAUCGUGGGACUCGAAUUCCGGGGUGUCGAAACCCUCAAGGUCUUCUUGCCAACCUCGCUCUUCUGUCCUUUUCUUUGCAAUGACGCUAUCACUAUCGAACAAGCUCCAGCUGGACUACACGUUCGGGGAAGUCUCCCCUGGCAUUCAGGCGCUCUUGCCGCAAAUAUCGUGGGACUCGAAUUCCGGUGCGUAGAAAACCUCGCAUGUGCAGUUUUGGCAUUGCAGGCAAUGCGACAUGUCAGUACCUCUGCCGCAUUGCUCAAUUGUUUCCUGGAGCGAAUCAGCAUGUCGCCUCGUGGAAGAGCCCGGCAGGCCUUUGCGUGUCGUGGGAACGUGCAGAAGCAUGGCCACGGAUUUCGAGUUCGUUUUUGGUGUGGAGAGAUUCAGAACAUGCGGGAGUCGAAGAAGAAAGCGCUCGCCGACUUCCAGUGUCUUCGCCAGUGCUCCACCUCGGGCGAUCUUGUGGCCUGUGCUGCGAGUCUGAAGGCACCCGCCUCUCCGCCCUGCAGCAGCCAGUCUUUGACUCUUUGCGGGCUAAACGUGCAGUAUCCGUGGAGUCGGCUCCUCAUGGUGCAAGGCGAGGGAUGUGAGUACGCUCUGGGGAAGUACCGCUGCUUCUCCGCGGGCGAGCAGCUGUUCCUCAUCGAGACUCUGGGCAGCGGCUCGACGCAGGGCGCCAUGGUGGACAUCGCGAUGGUUCGCGCUCCAUUGAAAGCGCAAGUGCUCGGCGUCAUCGUUUUGCGGGCAGCAUCGAGUUUGAGAAUUACGACCACUUCGAUGCUCAUCGACCGGAUACCUUGA